GUAACUAAAUGACCAUGGAAUCUGGAGCAGAGAACCAGCAGAGUGGAGAUGCAGCCGUUACAGAGGCAGAAACCCAACAGAUGACAGUACAGGCACAACCACAGAUUGCAACGUUAGCCCAGGUAUCUAUGCCAGCAGCUCACGCAACAUCUUCUGCACCCACGGUGACCUUAGUUCAGCUGCCCAAUGGGCAGACGGUUCAAGUGCAUGGAGUAAUUCAGGCUGCUCAGCCAUCAGUUAUUCAGUCUCCACAGGUCCAGACAGUUCAGAUCUCCACCAUAGCAGAAAGUGAAGAUUCACAGGAAUCAGUAGACAGUGUCACAGACUCACAGAAACGAAGAGAAAUCCUUUCCAGACGACCCUCCUACAGAAAAAUUUUGAAUGACUUGUCCUCAGACGCCCCAGGAGUGCCAAGGAUCGAAGAAGAGAAGUCUGAAGAGGAAACAGCAGCACCUGCCAUCGCCACUGUUACGGUGCCAACUCCCAUUUACCAAACCAGCAGUGGGCAGUACAUUGCUAUUACCCAAGGAGGAGCAAUACAGUUGUCUAACAAUGGCACAGAUGGAGUACAAGGUCUCCAGACAUUGACUAUGACCAAUGCAGCUGCAACCCAACCUGGCACCACCAUUUUACAAUAUGCACAGACCACAGAUGGACAACAGAUACUUGUACCCAGUAACCAAGUUGUUGUACAAGCUGCCUCAGGAGAUGUGCAAACUUACCAGAUUCGCACCGCCCCUACCAGCACCAUUGCACCAGGCGUAGUCAUGGCAUCCUCGCCAGCUCUUCCAACCCAGCCAGCAGAAGAGGCCGCGCGGAAGAGAGAAGUGCGUCUAAUGAAGAACAGAGAGGCAGCACGUGAAUGUCGCAGGAAGAAAAAGGAGUAUGUGAAAUGUCUAGAAAAUCGAGUGGCUGUGCUUGAAAACCAAAACAAGACACUGAUUGAGGAGUUGAAAGCACUUAAGGACCUUUACUGCCACAAAUCAGAUUAAUUUUGGAUUCCCAUUUUCACUUGUCCAGGUGGGAUAGAGACUGGUUCUGGCUAUAUCCAGAAAGACAAAGUAAACUUUUUAUUUUCUAAACAUUUCUUUUUUUCUAUGCGCAAAACUGCCUGAAGCAACUACAGAAUAUACUUCAUCUGUGCUUUGCAUCAAACUGUGAAUGUUCAAGUACUUGCCUCCACUUCCCCCCCCCACAAGAUUAUUUUCAUCAUCAAUCUCUGCGUGAAGAACAGGCUUCUUUCUCGUCUCCCCAUUCUCUUCGAGGAGUCACAGUGGUCACUUGGGAAGUUACUGUGGGGAGAGUCCUUUUGUAAUGAUGUCAAGAAUUUGUGCUGAGCUCUUUCCAUUGCCUUAGAGACAGAACCACCCCAGCCUCUUGGUCCAGAGAACUGUGGACCGCAUACAUGGAGCGUGCAUGAUGCAGCGAAGAAGCAUUGGUUGCCAAAUUGAUUUCCCAUAUUCAUUAUGAACUGUAUAAAUACACGGCUAAGUGGCAUGCCAAAUGAAAGGCACUUCACAGUCCUGUUCUUGGUGUGGAGAUAGCAUACCUUUUUCAAACUAGUCCAGGAGGGAUUUUGAUUUUUAAUCUGUAUUAAGCCCUCCUGGACUAGUAAAAACUUCUCCAUACCUCAGAAACAAAACACAUUGAAAUGAGCUUCACUGGUCAGUUGUUGCUUCUCAAAGCUUAUGUGUGUGCAAGUGUAUUCAGCAUUCUGAAUGCACAAAAAGCAAACACCAACUUCACAAGAUAUUGUUUGAGAAAUGGUAUUUGGAUAGGAAAGAUAUUCAGAAUAAAAAAGGUGAUGUUAUGAAAAUAGUCACAUAGUAAGCAAGGGGUAAGACACGAAAGCACUACCAAUUUGUGUGCAGAGCAACUAAGCAGUUGAAGCAUGGCCAACUCCACAUACAUACUCCCUGGUGACGGUAUAGCCUGUGUCCCAAGUCCUCUCAAACACUGAGGUUAUUUCUGUUGCCCUACCACUGUCUUAUGUAAUGGAAAUGACUGUACUCAAUGGAAACAUCAGCCUGGUUUGCUAGAUACUUUUUCAUACAUAAAUUAAAUUGUAGUAUAACAGCUAUACCAGAACAACCUCAAAUAUUGAAGAGGAUUUCAGGCACAGAUAUUCCAACUUCUGCUUUGCAAGCGACAAUGUUAGUUAUUUGAACCUCGCCAGGCUAGCUAAAUUUAUUUAUUCAGAGGAUUUUUUUCAUGUAAAAGGUCAGAUUUACUGAGUAAUUUAUUCCUGUGAGUAAAGUUACUCCUGUGCCUCAGAUGUUUGCAAGAUGAUUUUUUUGUGUAUGUGCACUGAGGAAAUGCGGUCUUUCCCAGAUCUACAUUGUUAAAAAGGUAGUUCAUGUUUAAAAACAACUCUGUACUAAGCAUUAGGAAUU